AUGGGCAUCGCCGAGUCCACGCCGGACGAGCUGCCGUCGGACGCGGAGGAGCAGCUGCGCAGCGGCGAGCAGCAGCUGGAGCUGAGCGGGCGGCGGCUGCGGCGGCUGCCCAGCGCCGUGUGCGCGCUGAGCCGCUUGCAGAAGCUGUACGUGAGCGGCACGGGGCUGCGCGAGCUGCCCGAGGAGAUCGAGGAGCUGCGCGAGCUGCGCAUCCUGGCGCUCGACUUCAACAAGCUCGAGCGCCUGCCCGACGGCCUGUGCCGCCUGCCGCGCCUCACGCGCCUCUACCUGGGCAGCAACCGGCUGCUGGCGCUGCCCGCCGACUUCGCGCAGCUGCAGAGCCUGCGCUGCCUCUGGAUCGAGGGCAACUUCCUGCGGCGCUUCCCGCGGCCGCUGCUGCGCCUGGUGGCGCUGCAGUCGCUGCAGAUGGGCGACAACCGGCUGCGCGCGCUGCCCGCCGAGCUGCCGCGCAUGACUGGCCUGCGUGGCCUCUGGCUCUACGGUAACCGCUUCGAGGAGUUCCCGCCCGCGCUGCUGCGCAUGGGCCGCCUGCACAUCCUCGACCUCGACCGCAACCGCCUGGGCGGCUUCCCCGACCUGCACCCGCUGCGCGCCCUGCGCGUCUUUUCCUAUGACCACAAUCCGGUCACCGGGCCGCCACGCGUCGCUGACACCGUCUUCCUCGUGGGCGAGGGAGCCGUCGAGCGCAUGGCCGAGCGCGACGAACCCACGCCCCGGCCACAGCCGCGGCGCCCUGUGCGAGCCUUCGAGGACGAGGAGGAGGAGGAACUGCUGAUAGGGGGCGGUGGUGCUGGGGCCCUGGAGCGCGCGGGGGGCAGCCUCCGCGCCCUGGAAGCCGCUCCGGGACUGGGCACCUGA